GCUGGCUGGCGCUGGCGCUCAGCGAAGUUGAAGUACGAGUACAGAAGAGAAGAACCAGAAAGGACGCCGGAGAACCUCCAACUUUUACGUUCCUUCCUUCUUUGUAUAUCCGUUGACAUUACGACGAGAGAUGGCUUCGAGAGGAGGAGAGAGAGAUGAAUUGGAUUCUCUAUUCGAAGGAAUGGUCCUUUUCGACCCUUCCGAGAUCGCCGACAAUGACAAUUUCCAUCUUCACCAGCAAGAUAAAGAUCAACAGCAACCAAUUUCCCCGCCCCCUCCAUCGGACGCGUCUCAGCCUCUUGACGAGAACCUCUUCUCCGAUCUCACGCUUAUCAAUUCCGUUCAAAGCCACUUAACCCUCACUACUGAUGAUUCAGCCACCACGACUAGUAGGGAAGUUCCUUCCUCAUCGAUAUCUCGGCAGGUUUCCACCAGAAAGAAAAGGAGGGCCGGUUUGAGGAUUGGAUACGGUAGAGAUGCCUCCAUUCUCGAUGACCAAUCCAAUUCUCAUCCUGCUCGAUCUGCCGAACCAGAGCUCCCACCGCCAUCCCCUUCUCUUCCGUCCUCACCGUUUACUGCCGAAACGGAAUCUGCCGGAUCUGCCCCGCCGCAACAUGAAGAAGAAACCGCUGAUUCUCUUUCGGUUUCUCAUCCAUCCCUUCCCACUGCGACGACCACGGUAGAGCUCGAUUAUUCGUCCCGCGUUUGUGAAGAAGUUGGCUCUUCGCUUAGUAGCGCAGCUAAUGGUUCCUAUAGAGAUGAUAAUAUGCUCUCGGAUGCGGAACCUAGGGCUACGGUUUCGACGGACGAUCUUCAAUCAGGAGAAGAUCAAAUAAACAUUAGUGCUCCGUUUGAGUCGAGGUUUGAGCAAAUUAGGUGCCAGAUCUCGAAGAAGCUCGGGCAUGUUAGGGAACUGGUUGGUUCCGUCUCUGCUGUGCGGAAGGACUCUAUACGGAGGAGAAGAAAAGCUGCCGAAGCUGUAAAUCUUGCAUCCGCCAGGUUCAGAGAACUUGAGAAGGAGCUGGAGGAAGCUUGCGAGGCCGAAGAUUUUGAGACUGCAGAGAGGGUUAGUGAGAGCCUUGCACAUGCAGAGACGGACAAGGAACAAUUGGCCGUUGCCCUCAGACAUGCCGAAGCGGAUUGUGAUGCUAUCGAUUCUAAGAUACGGGAGGCUUUGGAGCGGCAAAUUGCAGUUGAGGAGGAGUGUGCAUCUUUGCUGAAAAACUUCUCUACGGAUGCAGCAAAUGAUGCAAACCUAAUCCUAAAAAAUGCAGAAGCGGCAUCUGAGAAAGAACUCGACAAAUGGCUUUCGUUAACUGAGGACUUGGAGUUGAAGAAGAUGGAACUGGAUAUUGAAUCAGAUUUAAUAAAUGCAGCAAAGGGGGUGUUAAAUGAUUCCAUUGAACAGUCAGCCGAGGAUGAUAGGAGAGAAAGAGAAAUUCUUUGUAAGAGAAAAGAAUUGUUGACAGAGGAACUGGAGAAAUUACUUGCUCUAGUUAAACAGAAGGAAGCUGAAAUAGCAGAGACUGAUAAUAGCAUUGAAGCAGUUGAGAAAAGAAUUGCUGAUGUGGUCUCUACCUUUCAGGAGGCUCAGUCAACCAUUGAUACCAAUUUUGAUAGCCUGCGUUCUAACCUUUCUCAGAUGGAACUGGAAAAUGAAGGUUUAACUAGAAAAAAGAAGGAAAUUGAUGAUUUCCUAUCCCAGGAAAAAGACAAGGGGAUGAGGCUCAAGGAACUUGUCUUGGUCUCUGCAGAUGAAGCAAAAAUGUACCAAGACGUUGUUGAGCUUCGGAAGAAUCUAAUGAUGUUCACUUUGGGGUCCAUCGAAGAGAAGGUGAGGCUUACCAAGACUGAGGAGAAACUUUCAGGAGAUGUCCACAUGCUCAAACAGGAGAUUUCUUCAGCAAGGGCUUCUCUUCAGGAGCUAUCUUCAACAAAAUCAAGUUUCCAGCAGGAAUCUGAAUCUUUAAAGCAAAGAGUUGCCUUUAUAGACAAAAGAGUCCCAGAGUUGGAAGCAGAAAAGAAAGUUGCUGCUGCUGCAAGAAAUUUCAAGGAAGCAGCACGGAUAGCAACUGAAUCCAAGACAUUGACAGUUGAAAAAGAAGGUUUACAGACAAAAAUUGCAGCAGAUGUCCUUGAGUUGCGCAAGCUUGAGGAAGAGAUCUCCAACACCGUUAACAGAUUGCAAGAAACUGAAGGACAGAUUUUGACAAUGGAAAGAGAGUUGGCAAUGGCUAGAUUCCAAAGACUACUCCUAAUUGCUGGUGCUGCUAAAGCUGAAAGAUCGGCUGCUCUGGAAUUAGGCGAUCUUGAAGAAGCUGACAUUCUUCUUGCUGAGGCAGAAGCCGCAGAGGCUGAAGCGAGAAAAAUCCCGCCAGUUUACGGUUUCGAGGAAGAAGAGUUUGCUAAUCUACCAAAACAGUGUAUCUCUAUGGAACUUGUGUCCUAUCUCGGCGGGAAGCAGUUGGCAGAAUUGGCAGCAUCUGCUUGUCCAAGUACGUAGCCAUUACCAAAGAAGUGAAUUUGAGAACAAAAUGCAAGGCUGAAGUCAAAUUGCAUACGAUGGCCUAAUUUUUUGGUGAUUUGUCUUUGUGAAUCUCUACAUGGAAUUCAAUCCUAAUUCAGGAUUUAGUUGAUUUUUUUGUCCUGUGGGAUUCUUUGCAUCACAGAUGCAUGGCGCCUCUGGUGAGAUCAUAGUUAAUAGCAAAGUAAUGUUCUCUUCACAUAAAGGUAUUUGCGCAAUCAAAUUAUAGUGUACUUUUUUU